UCAGGGCAAAAUAAAAGCAAGCGAAACGCUGUGCCGUUUUCCGUAGCGGCUCGCUGCGUUCAUAAACCCUCAUUUUCAUUGCGCAAGAAAAUUGAAGAGAAGCAAAACCCCAACAUCCCUUUCGCCUCUGCCCUCACCAGAACAGAACAUCGUCGUCUCAUUUCUGUCCACAUCGUCGUAGCAGAGAAGAAGAGAACCUCUUCAAUCGGAAAUGGACGCCGGUAACGGUUCCGGAGAUGCCAAACUCGACAACACACCCACGCAAAUGGAUUCGGAUUCCGGUGCUCAAGCAAAAGACAAAGAAAAGGAGGAACUCACUGAGAAUAUGAACAAGUUGCAUAUUGAGGGAUCUUCGUCUGGAAGUGGAUCAUCUAACAUCAGAAGAAAACCAGUCAUCAUUUUAGUUGUGGGAAUGGCAGGGAGUGGGAAAACAACACUCAUGCAUAGGUUGGUUUGCCAUACACAUUUGAAAGACAUUCGGGGUUAUGUGAUGAAUCUCGACCCCGCCGUCAUGACACUCCCAUAUGCUGCUAACAUUGAUGUGAGAGACACUGUUAAAUACAAAGAAGUCAUGAAGCAGUUUAACCUUGGCCCUAAUGGUGGAAUUUUGACUUCCCUGAACUUGUUUGCCACUAAGUUUGAUGAGGUAAUUUCUGUGAUUGAGAAACGGGCAGAUCAACUUGACUAUGUUCUUGUGGAUACCCCUGGUCAGAUUGAAAUAUUUACCUGGUCUGCUUCUGGUGCUAUCAUUACAGAAGCUUUUGCAUCCACAUUUCCCACUGUAGUUGCCUAUGUAGUUGAUACACCCCGUUCAGAAGAUCCCACCACUUUCAUGAGCAACAUGUUGUAUGCUUGUAGUAUCCUCUAUAAGACAAGGUUACCUCUCAUCUUGACAUUCAACAAGGUUGAUGUAGCAGCACAUCAAUUUGCUUUGGAGUGGAUGGAGGAUUUUGAGGCGUUCCAAACAGCAGCAAGUUCAGAUCAGUCGUACACAUCAACUUUAACUCAGAGCCUUUCUCUUGUGCUAGAUGAAUUCUACAACAAUUUAAAAUCAGUUGGAGUUUCUGCAGUUUCUGGUGUAGGAAUGGAAGCCUUCUUUAAUGCUGUCGAAACCAGUGCUGAGGAAUACAUGGAGACAUAUAAGGCUGAUCUUGAUAAAAGACGUGAAGAGAAGCAACGUUUGGAGGAAGACCGCAGGAGGGAGAGCAUGGAUAAACUGAGGAGGGACAUGGAGAAAUCUGGGGGAGAAACUGUAGUCUUGAGCACUGGUUUGAAGAACAAAGAAGCAAGUAAAAGCAUGAUGGAUGAAGAGGAUGAGGAAGGUGAGGACGAGGAAAUGGAUGAUGAUGAUGAUUUGGGGAUAUAUACUGAAGAGGAGGAUGCUAUAGAUGAGGACGAAGACGAGGAGAUUGAUAGGUUUGGCUUCUGAUGUGAUUCCUCACCAGUUGGACUGCAUCAGAGCUAGAUCUUUGUAUAGCGCCUUGACCUUCAUUUGGUAAAUGUAUACAACCUUGAAAGUUUGACUACUAAUUAAUCAACUAGUUUAUUUCAUAUAUACUGUCAGCACUUUUUGCUCUAGGUUCUUUUCGUUUAUAUUUUUGCACUACUUGCAGAGAUAGCUGUGCUUGAUUUUGAUGCAACUUGUUUUUUGGACUUAUAAAUGACUUGAACAUCUGCUUUGCCAGAAAUCUGUAGUGAUUUUUUCUCGUGUGACAAGGGAUUCUGAGAGGCAUUUCCAUAUCCAA